AUGGGACUUUUAAUCUAUGAUUUGGACCAUGGGGACAGGCAACUAUGUUUUUGUACUCAGCUCUGGGUAAUUUUGAUAACUCUUGCAGGUGAAAUCUCCCCAACCAGCUCAGAUGCCCUCCUCAGUUCCUCCGCGAUGACGGCCAGUCCUUUGCCACCCAAUGUGUACCUACCCGCCAACUUCAAAAUGUCCAAUGCACAGCUGGCUUUCUUUCUGCGGGAGGCCCAGAUCACAGGACAAACAGUUGGCGGCAGCAGUAGGAGCAGUCCCAGCACUGGACACCCGCUGCAGCGCUCUGAGAGUUUCGUGGUUUUCCAGACAAAAGACCUCCCUGCCAUUAACAUAAGCUUUGGGCCUUUUGCCCGGGACCAGGCCCUGUCCAAGGAGUUGCUUCAGCCAACCAGUCCACUGGAUAUUCCCGGCCAGCUGACAGUCAACUGGAAAGUGCGAGCCUUCAUUGUCCAGGCGCGGGUCUUCUCCAACAACCCCACUGUCCAGGUGUUUUUCUACAUUGCUGGCCGGGACUGGGAUGACUUCAAGGCUCAGGACAAGCUGCCCUGCGUCCGACUGCACGCCUUUCGAGAUGUCCGUGAAAUUAAAACCUCCUGUCGCAUGAAAGGCAACUUGGCGCAGUGCUUGGCCCAGCUGGAUCUGCCUCCAUCCUGGUUUAACACCAACGUGGCUCCACUGGGUCGCAGGAAAGGCUCCAGUGAUGGGCUCUUGGAUGGGCUAACAAGUGAGACCUUGCAGGCUGAACUCUACUACACACUCCAUGAGCCUAAUCUGGAGGGGGAGUGCAGUGAGGGUUCAGGUCACAGGGCUGGUGGUGUUUCCAGGGGAGAACCUCUGUCACAGCACCCCCUGCUGCGCAUCGGAAGCAUCAGCCUAUACCAGGCCAGUCAAGAGCAGCUGCUGGUGGACAAGCAGUUAGACAAGAACAUGUUCCUCAGGCUGCCUGAGAAGCCCCUUAAGCCUGGAGAGACCCUCAAAAUCUUCCUGUACUUGAUGCCAAACUCCACUGUUGAACAAUUCACCCUCAAGGUCAAAGCAAAGAAAGGGGUGAACUUGCUCCAGACCAAGUCGAAGAACGCUCAAUGGAAGGUGGACUGGGAGGUGCAAUCUGGUGCCAAGCAUUCCAUCACCACCAUCGAAGUGAAUAAGAACAAAGCAGUCAAACAAGGAGAUAUACUGGGCAACGUCGAGGUGAUGCAGUUGGAUUUUGAGAUGGAGAACUUCACCAGCCUCUCGGUGACCAGGAGGAUUAACUGGAACAUCGACUACAAAGGGCAAAACCCACCUCCCGAUUCAGAGAAGGUUGUGACUGAGCUGACGGUGGUGCAGCGGGAUAUUCAGGCCAUCAUCCCUCUGGCUAUGGACACUGAGAUCAUCAACACAGCCAUUCUGACUGGACGCACUGUGGCUAUUCCUGUCAAAAUGGUCUCCAUAGAGAUGAAUGGAGCAGUCACUGAUGUCUCAGCCUUUGUGCAGUGCAAGUCCUCCAAUGAAGAUAUUGUUAAGGUGUCCAUGAAUUGUGACUACGUGUUCGUCAAUGGGAAAGAGACGCGGGGCUCGAUGAACGCCAGGGUCAUCUUCAGCUACGAGCACCUGAGUGCACCACUGGAGCUGACGGUGUGGGUGCCCAAACUUCCCCUGCAGGUGGAACUUUCUGACAACAAUCUCAGCUUCAUCAAAGGCUGGAGGGUUCCCAUUCUGCCUGACCGAAGGAGCACCAGAGACAGUGACGCUGAUGACGAAGAGGAUGAUCGCCGAGUGAGCCGAGGCUGCACCCUGCAGUACCAGCGGGCUCUGGUCAAGGUUCUCACCCAAUUCCAUACCACAUCCACAGAGGGCACCGACCAAGUCAUCACCAUGCUGGGACCCGACUGGCAGGUAGAUGUCACAGACCUGGUCCAGGACUCCCUGAAGGUGGGCGAUCCCAGGAUAGCAGAGCUGGUGGACAGGACAAUCCUAGUGGGUUUGGAGCUAGGAUCCACCGUGCUGAAGGUGGAGUCUCCGCUGGCUGUGGAUGCGGUACUGGGAGAGUCGGCGUUCUCGGUCACAGACGACAAAGUUUCCAUCACAGAGCUGCGGGUUCAUGCAAUUUCAGGCCUGACCCUGUCACUGCAGCCGAGCCCUGGCAACAGCCACACCAUGGUGGCCAAGGCAACCGGCCUCCAGACACUCAUCACUCCGAAACAGGAGGCCAGUUUGUCAGUCUGGAUGCUUUUCAGUGACAACACAGCCGCCACUCUGACUUACUUUGAUCCCAAAGACUACAACCUCAACGCCUCCUCACUGGAUGACAAAGUUGUGUCGGUAUCCCAGGAGCCUCAGCAACGCUGGCCUGUGGUGGUGGCAGAAGGAGAGGGAUCUGGUGAGAUGGUGCGUGUAGAGAUGACUAUCUGUGAGGCUUGCCAGAAGACCAAACGCAAAAGCAUUAUUGCAUCUGCUGCAGUUUAUGUCAAGGUCCGCUUUGGUCCAGAAGAAGACUCAGAGGAAGAAGCAACAACUGAGGGUGAGAUUGAGUUGGCGCCCGUUACCAGACGUCCAAUCAUUGAUCCAAACAUCAGUGGAAGAAUUUAUGAGACAUCUAAUGAGCAGCCUGCUAGUGUUCCCAUUGAUUACACCAAUUUCCCCACCAUUAGCAACCAGGAGCAUCCAACUGAGAGUGAUGAAGAGGAGGAAGAAGAUGAAUUUGUGCAUUCACCUCGCAACAUGACUGACCUUGAGAUUGGCAUGUAUGCUCUGCUCGGAGUCUUUUGCCUAGCCAUCUUAGUCUUUCUGAUCAACUGCAUCGUCUUUGUGCUAAAAUAUCGCCAUAAGCGGAUCCCACCCGAGGGCCAGGCCAACAUGGACCAUUCCCACCACUGGGUGUUCCUGGGAAAUGGCCAACCACUUAGGGCCCAGUGUGAUCUGUCACCACAACAGGUAGAAAGUCCCAGUAACCCUUUGGAGGGUGUACAGACUUGUUGCCAUGGGGACCACCACAGCAGUGGCAGUUCCCAGACUAGUGUUCAAAGCCAGGUACAUGGGCGGGGAGACGGCAGUUCUGGCGGCUCCACAAAGGAGAACGGUGAGGAGGCAAGUUCACCAACCUCCAAGCGCAAGAGAGUCAAGUUUACCACCUUUACCACCCUUCCAACAGAGGAGCUGCCCUAUAACUCCAUCCCCAUAGCAGAUGAAGAGGACAUUCAGUGGGUUUGCCAGGAUAUGGGCUUUCAAGACCCAGAAGAACUGCAUGAUUACAUGCGCAGAAUAAAAGAAAUCGCCUGA